GCAGCGCCCCCUCAUGUGUUAAAGCUCUCAGCGCAACUCCAUUCAUGAUAUACCAGGACAGAGAUGAGCAGGAGAACGGAGGUUCUGGCCAGGACAGAAGCAAACCACCACAGAGCCGAGCGCUGAUGGAAGUCCCAGUGUCCAAAGCCAAUGACACUCCAGUCAGCGCAGAGUCCAUCACAGAUGAGAGUACCCUGUGGGCAGCGCGUAACGUCUCUGUAGGCCCGUGUCCCAACCAUACCCGUGACUUCUCCCUGUCCGCUCAUCUGGUGUCCACACCGCUCCACCCUCAUGCACCUCACUCAUGGGACAUGGAGGAGCUGCAAGAGGAAAACGCAGGGGUCAUUGGCAUCAGCGGAGCAGAGGAAAACCCGUACAUACGACAGCCCACCAAACUCAGGUAUCAGCACAACAUCAUUACUCAAAAGCAGCGCAGGCUUUGGGAAGAGGAAGAGGAGGUGAGGAAGAUGAAGCAGCUCUUGGAUGAUCUGGAGAUGAAUGUGACUCUACAGCCAGCAGAGCAGAGAAAUCCAGCGAUGGCUUCUCUUACGGGAGCGGCGUUCCACAGAGUUGAAGCCCCUGAGUCAGUGUGGUCCUCCAGGCCUCAGACAGGCCUGCAGCUUCAGACGGAGCACUCCGCAGGGCAUGCUGGGAAGUGGAACAGCAGUGUGGCAGAAACAAGCCAUCCACUGACCGCUCCGUUACCCAGUGCAGCCUGCGGCUCUCGACCCGAGAGC